AUGGGUGUUUGCAAGGAGGAAAUUUUUGUCUCCACUUUUGUACACACUAAUUCGAUGCAGGACUCCAGUAAUGUCGGCAUGGAGCAUGUCCACUCCGUCAAGACCAUGUCACACGGAAGUGAUGGACGCAUGAGCUUUGAAAGUAAUGAGUUUCCCUUGGCUGUGGUUGGAAACAACCGUUUCGUGGCAGGAAACAAGUUCUUUAACUACCAGCAGUUUGGUGCGCUGCGCGAAGGCGGCGGUGUCAGCCUCUUCUCGACUUCAUACUAUGGUUUGCUUUUUGCCACGGCGCAAAGCAGUAUUAUAUAUGCGGUGCUAAGGUAUUGCAUGCGGCCGACUCUACUGCACUCGCUGCUACUGCAUCGAUCCGAAAGCUCCAUCGUGAUUGAAUGCCUUUUGAGCAUUCCCACUACGUUUAGCUUCUUCUUCGGUCUGAUGUCCGACAUCCUCCCGAUCGGCAGAUACCGUCGCAAGUCUUAUAUGAUUACUGGCGCCUUACUGAGCUGCUGCAUGUGCAUGGGAUUGAUGAUUCUAUCCGCUACCGUAGACGUUUACAAAUCCACAGAGGACCAGCGCAGCUACUACAUUGUCUACUACAUGGCACUCAUCAUUGGUGCGACUUGCGGAACUAUGCUCAGCAAGAUUGCUACGGACGCGCGCGUCAUUGAGUUGUCACAACGCGAACCGCUUACCACGCGCGGUACUUUACAGAUCAACUACCUGCUUUUUCGUACUGGAAUUGAGUGGGUUGGACUUUGGCUGACUGCCAUUUUUGUUCGUUUUGACGAUGACAAGCGCAACUAUUCCUUGCGCAUCGACUCCUUUUGGGCCUACGCCACGAUGGCUGUACUGUGUGUAGUACCUGUGCCGUUUGUACUGCUAAAUUGCAAAGAGAGAAUGGUGCAAGCCGAGGCCGGUUUGGCAAACGAACCCAUCGCAGAAGAAGGUAGUGUGGCAAUGAUCUUUCCGGCGUCUGACACAGCCAGCGCUCGCAUAAGUGCCUUCUUUCGAAUGUGCCAGCAGCGAGCUAUGUGGCAGCUUGUGCUGUUCAUGUGCAUCCUGUUAGCGACUACCCGCUUCUACUUCGGUUCGGCCAACGCCGUCUUUGUCAGCAAGGCAGGUCUAAAUCCAAACACUACACUUGUGACCAAUGCGCUAAAAUACAUGACCACUUUAGCCACCAUGGUCUUGUGGAAAAUGUUUUGGUCCAACUCAUCUUGGCGACGGUGUGUGUGCCUCGGAAUCGCAAUAAUGGUUGUAUCAGAGACCUUUCGCGCCUUCAUGAUAGUUCACGUGCCUUGGGUUCGUGGCCAAGCUUUCUACGACACCCUUGGUUGCCUUCCGGGCUUUACAGACGGGAUUAUCACUAUUUUCUCGCUGAUCCCAGCUACUGAGAUUGCCGAGAACGGCUCGGAAGGAGCUACUCAGGGCAUGCUGUUAUCAUUUCGAAGUACUAUUGCUAUCGCCAUGCGUACGUUCAGCAGUGACUGGAUGUCCGACCUAGCCCCUGUGAGUGUUAACGAUGGCACAAGUCGACUUCUGUUGCUUUUACUAAUCUCGUACGGUGUACACGCGAUGGCCUUGUUUUCAGUUCUCCUGCUGCCCCGCCAGAAGCUAGAUGCACAGCAGCUACGCGUGUACGGUGGAUACAGCAAGCUCGCGUGUAUCGCGAUCUGGGUCAUUUUUAUCGUCUUUUUCGUCUACGCCAUGGUCGUGAAUCUCAAAGCUAUGGCUGACAUGGCAAGUGUUUAG